AUGGCAAAAGCAACUGCAUCCUCACGACUUGAAGGCAACGACCGCUGCGAAGUGGUCCAAGAGGAGCUCAAGCGGCUCUUCGGGUCGGCACCCCUCUCGGACAAGAAGGAACCCAAGGCCCGACCAGAAGUCAGAGGUGGCCAGGGCAGCGUCCAAGCCUCUGCAUCCUCCAAGCCGAGUCGUCCACCGCGGCCGCCCCCUUUAACGGAUGUGGUAGAAGCCAGCAGGAAAGUCAAAUCAGAAAGAUUCCAGCUUUCAAAGCCACCGCCUGCCGUGCCAUCGACACUGAUCCUCUCACAAGAGGAGCGACGGAAAGCGAUGGCGGAGUCGCAGCGGCGACGCAGCGGAACAAAGACUUGGAGCCAGGAGGAGGAGAACCGCGAGCUUCGCCAACAGCUUCGCAAGCUGACUUCGAACGAGGUGUCUCGCCCCCACUUCGAAAGCGCCGCGGCAGAGAACCACUGGCUUCGCCGAGAGGUGACCUCGAAGCUCCUCCAGGCCUGGCUCUCGGCAGAGGGCACCAGCAGUGCAUCCACGAGGGCUCCCACCCCGGCGAACUCGACCCCGGGUUCGGCUGGGUCCUCGCAUCCAGAGGCGAAGCAGAUCCGGUCUCAGGUUUCCUCGGAGACAGGUUCCGUGGCUUGCUGA